CCAAUGUAGACGGGAAAAGACCUCCGGGAGGAAAGACUGAAUACGCGACGGUGGAACGCACUGUAAAAAAAGAAAAGUGAUCACUUCUGCUACUGGCGCUUGUCCCAUACGAGGAACUUGAGUACCUGGCAGACCAGAUUCCUCCUGCAUCAAGUAGCUUCGGUGUAAUAUUGAGCCUACCUUCCAUUCAAGAAAAUCAAAGAAUCCCGCAUACGACCAACCCCGUGGAGGAAGAAGCAUGGCAUGGCGAUUUAAGGCAUCUAAGUACAAGAACGCAGCCCCGAUCGUACCAAAGCCGGAAGUAUGCAUUCGGGACAUCUGCGUAGGAUCAUACCAGACGUACGGUAAUAACAUUGCCGCUUCGGCUGCGUUCAUUGCCUUCAACUGGGAACAUGCCGGUUCCAGUCUGGCCGUUCUGCCGAUCGAUGACUGCGGACGGAAGAGCAAAACAAUGCCACUGCUGCACGCUCACUCGGACACGGUGACCUAUUUGGACUUUUCCCCAUUCCACGAUGGCUUGCUGGCUACAGGGUCGCAGGAUUGCCUGGUGAAAGUAUGGCACAUCCCAGAGAAGGGGCUGGAGAACUCCAUCUCGAACCCGGAGUGUACUUUUUCCACUAAGCAAAGACGGGUAGAAACGGUGGGAUUUCAUCCAACGGCAGAUUGUUUACUCUAUUCAACGGCGGUAGGGUGCGUCAGCUUAUGGGAUCUCGCCUGUCAGCAGGAAUCUUUUUCAAACAAUCAGCAUCCGGAAGUCAUUCAAUCGCUCAGUUGGAAACAGGAUGGAAAGGUUUGUGCUACCAGCUGCAAAGAUAAAAUGGUUCGCAUACUGGACCCCCGAGCCGAAUCGCCAAUAACAAUGAUUGCUGAGAGUCAUCAAAGCAUCAAGGAUUCACGGGUCGUCUGGCUAGGCAAUCAGGAUCGCAUUUUGUCCACCGGGUUCGACGCUGGUCGUUUGAGACAGGUGAUUAUUCGUGAUCUGCGAAAUUUCUCAGCCCCAGAGAAGACUUUGGAGUUGGAUUGCUCCACCGGCAUACUUAUGCCAUUGUAUGAUCCCGACACAAACAUGUUGUUCUUAGCGGGAAAAGGAGACACUACAAUUUCCUAUUUGGAGGUGACAGAUAAAGACCCCUAUUUGAUUGAAGGAAUUCGACACUCUGGUGAGCAGACGAAAGGUGCUUGUCUGGUACCGAAGAGGGCACUACGAGUAAUGGAAGGCGAAGUGAACCGUAUCAUGCAGCUAACUUCUAACUCGGUGAUACCGAUUAUGUACCAAGUACCGCGAAAGUCAUACAGAGACUUCCACGGUGAUCUCUACCCGGACACCAAUGGAUACAGAACUGAGCUCACGGCAACUCAAUGGCUGAAUGGAGUGAAUCAGGGGGUUCCAAAAAUAAGCCUCGACCCAGCAAAGCGAGAGUUGGGUGAUCAGCCAAUCAUUAUUUUAAGAGGUAAUCUGAACGAGGUAGUCAAAAAUAUUGCCAACAAAUCGAAAAGCACAGCCAUCACCAUUAGCUGCACGGCAGACAAGAUCGACAAGACGUCAAUAGUGAAACCAACUUUUAUUCCAAUUAAGGAUAAAAUAAAACAGAUGGAGCAACAGUCGCACAGUGAAAAAAGCGAAUUCGAACAAAAAUUCAAAGAAGUCACCUCAAACAAAGACACUAAGAAUACGGAGAACGCUAAUAUUGUAAUUGAACCGAAUUCAUGCUACGAAACGGAAAGUAAUGGAAACCAUCCGAACAGAACCAGUCAGGACGAUGAUAGAAGUUUGGAGGAGCCGGAUCAACCUGGCGAGGUGACUCCUCCGAAACCACUACCGAGAACCUCCCGGAAUAAUUCUGUGUCUGAUCAACUUUCCGUGGCGAGUGAAGAAGUGCCAGUUGUUCCCGCUCCUCGUCCAGUCGCCAGACCGAGGACUACCGCUGCCGGAUACAAGCCUCGUCUUGGACCGAAGCCUUUCUGCAGUACGGGAUCUUCGAGCGAUUUCUCCUUCGAUAAGGUGUUUAACGUACCACACGCUCCAGGCUCGGAAAAUGGUGAGUUACCGAGAGAUUCCAACGAUAACACUCAAGAGAACAGUCUAGCCUCUAAUGGAAGUGCUGAAGAGAUGCACGAGAACGGCCACUGCAAAGAAACAGAAGUGCUACCCGAAGUCACCGAAGAAGUUGUGCUGCGACCCAAAACUCCCGAGGAUGAGGACACGCCGCGUAUCAUAACAACUGCAGAGCGAAGGAAGUCAGGGGAUCGUGAAAAGAUUUUUGAAUCCAGAGUUUCCACAGAAUCGGAAGAUCAGUUUGAUGCUGCUGCGGAUGAUAAAGUGAACCAAUUCGAGCGUUUGAGUGGUCAACGAACGAGUAUUGCUGAACGGCGUCGUAUUUACGAGAAUCGUUCACAAAGCGUGCAAGAGGAAAAGGCGGCCUCACCCGUUCCGCUUAGACGCCGUGAAUCAAUGAAGGUUCGUGGCGAACAGAAAACCGAUGAGGAGGCGAUGCCACCGCCGGCCAACGUAGAAUUCACUCGUAACCGCAGUGAUCUUUCUAAGGAAAACCUCCCGGUGGACAUCAAUAAACGAAACCAUAGUAAUAAUUCAGCGAAUACAACUUCCAAACGUACUUCCACUGUGUUCGGUCGGGUGUCCAAGUUCCGCCAUUUGAAGGGAACUCCGGGACAUAAAUCUACGCAUAUCGAGAACAUUCGUAACUUGAGCCGACAAAUUCCUGGUGAAUGCGAUGGGUUCCAGGCAAAUUCAGAGAGAGUAGCGGUGCCAAUAUCCGGAGCCGGUGGAAAAAUAGCAAUAUUCGAAUUGAGUAAGCCUGGGCGUCUUCCGGAUGGAGUAAUUCCUUCGCUCGUCAAUGGAAACAACAUCAUGGACUUCCAAUGGGAUCCGUUCGACAAUAAACGACUGGCGGUAGCAUGCGAUGAUGGUCUUGUCAAGAUUUGGGUAAUACCAGAUGGUGGUCUAACGGAACCAACAAACGAACCGGAAAAUGAACUGGUGGCACACUCAGACAAGAUCUACAUCAUCAGAUACCAUCCGUUAGCCAAACAUGUCUUCCUCACUGCCAGUUAUGAUAUGACAUUAAAGGUUUGGGAUCUGAACACCUUAACUGAGAAGUAUUGUUUGAAGGGACACACCGAUCAAAUAUUCAGCUUUGCGUGGAGUCCGUGCGGGACGUACGGUGCAACGGUAUCGAAAGACGGAAAGAUUCGAGUGUAUAAUCCAAGAAAAUCUGAGAAUCCCAUCCGUGAAGGUAGCGGACCAGUCGGAACACGUGGUGCGCGGCUUGUGUGGGCCGUCGAGGGAGAUUACAUUGUUGUAACUGGAUUCGACAAGGUUUCGGAACGGCAAAUAUACGUGUACAAAUCAACAGAUCUGAGUGCACCGCUUGGAAUGGUUGGAUUAGACGUAUCUCCUGCUAUCCUGAUACCAUUCUACGACGAAGAUAGCUCUACAAUCUUUGCAACGGGUAAAGGCGAUUCCACUAUUUACUGUUUCGAGAUCACUGAAGAAUCGCCUUUUAUAUGCCCGCUUUCUCAUCACCGAUGCUCCUCGCUUACGCAGGGACUUAGCUUCCUUCCCAAGAACCAGUGCGAUGUUGCAUCAGUCGAGUUCGCCAAAGCACAAAGGCUUACGAACGGCACGGUUGAACCAUUGAGCUUUACCGUGCCACGAAUCAAGAGUGAACUCUUCCAGGAUGAUCUGUUUCCACCAACGCGGGUUUUAUGGGAACCGAGUCUCAGCGCAGCUGACUGGUUUGCCGGUAGGGAUAAGCCAGCUCCUAGAAUUAGCCUACAGCCGGAAGGAAUGGAAUCUUUGUCCUCCAUUCAGCCGAUAGUGACGACACCGACACCAGUUAAAAAAAGCGACAAUAUCAACCAAAUCAUUGGGCAACAGACCCAGUUCAACAAGGUGUGGAGUGCGGAUUUGGUGCGGUCGAAACAAGAUGAGAUCAAAAACUCGGUCAGCGCACGUAUGUCGAUAAAUCGUAAGCUUGAACAGGACGACAUGGAAGGAGUGGAUGAGAAAGAGUGGGAUGAGUGAACAGAUCCAGAAUCGCUUUAGGCUGAACUUCUUCGUUUGAAGCCAGUGUUUUGCUCAGCCUUAUCGUGAAUCAGUUCAGUGGUGACUUAUAUCCGAAAAUAUUUCAGUUUCGCUCACAUGAUCUAUAUUUUGAGUGAAUCAAAAUCGAUUCUGGCUGAAAUAUAUUUCGGAAUACACUAAUCUGGAUUCUUAAAUAAAAAAUGAUAGAAGAUUUAGAUGGACCGAUUCAAUAAUGACAUUUAUGAUAGCAUCCGUUUUUUUUACAAUAAUUGUAAUAUCCACUUUUAGAAAGGACUGCUGAAACAGUUCUCAUUUUUACUUUUCAGUAAUUCUCAAAACGCAAGAUACAAAGCUGGCACGAAGAAAACAGCAACAACAUUUUGUAUCCGGGACAAUGUAAAAUUAUAUGGCACGUAUUUAGAAAACUUCCUAAUAAAAUUUUAUAUACACCUUUAUACGCAAACGAUCGCGUUACCAUACAAAAUAUAGAUAAUAUAUGAGCAAAAUAAUUGAGCUGACAUUUUUAAAAGAUUAGUUGCAGCAGAUAUUGGAGUAGCAAUGUGGAGUUUCAAAGUCUUAUCAAUCCAACUGCCAAUCGAAGACCAAGGAUAGCGAGUUUUAACGGGAAUACAUUCAUAUUCGCAGCGCAGUUCAUUUCACGACCGAAUAUUUGAAUGUAAUGUGUAAUGGCGAUGACUAGAACAAGAAGAUCACUUUGUGAAGACUCGUAAUUGGUAAUUUAAAUUUUAAUUUCUUUCAUUAAUCGUGUAUGAGUUCUUUUACUAUAAAAAAACUCGAUCAAGAGAUUGGAUGCUAGUCAAAUGAAGAUGCUCAAACCAAUCGUAACGUUAAAAAUGAUAGUAGUUCAUAGUACUGAAGCUUGUAACGCGUAUUUUGCUAAAUAGACGUGUAGUUUUAUAGGCUAAAAUUAUACAAAACAAACGCAUAUAUUGGCUGGUGAAAGCUCUCUCCAUCGGCGCACAAAUUAUCUUUAGAAUAUUUCAAUAAUUGGGCAACAUUAUUUCCUAAUUCGUAUAAAAAGAGAAAACGUGAAAGGUAAAAUCGAUAAACUUGUAAACUGUAGGUAACAACUGUGUGCUGAAUAUUUAUUUCUCUGACAACACUCCGCGAAAUAAUUGUGAUGAUUUCUCUUAUUUUAAGAUGCGAAGAGUGCUUUGUAUGUUUAUAUUAAGACAGGUAUAUUUAAGUGUGCCAUUGUUUCCGUUUUUAUAAGUUUUGCUUUAAUAUUUUUCGAACAAACAUUAGCCGUAACUGAUUCGCAUUCAAACAUGUUUUCUAUUUUUAAUGAACGAGAUUAGUUUCAUACUAACUUAUGUCAUAUUCACUAGAAAACACCUUUCCUGUUUGUUAAAUAUUUAAACCCUUUGAUUUCUGAAAAUAUCCAGCGAGAGUGGUUUCAUAGUACUAGAAUUUUAAUAUUUGUUUAAAAAACGCUCGCAAGCAUUCGAUUUGCCGUCCGCAUGCCUUUUAUCAGCAAACCGCGGGUGAGCGUUUCUAUUAUAUGUUCAAUAUUAUGAAAGUGCUAAAAUGUAUGGGAAGUACCAUUGUGCGCUAAUGUUCAGAAAUUAGCGGAAUUUGAAUGAAAGUUUAAAACAUAGGCUUUAUGUCAGAUGGGAAAGGUCUAUUUGCAAAUAUUGGAAUAUAUCAAAAAUAAAACACACUUAAUCGCAACAGUAACAUAAUUAUUUACGUAAUCGAUAUUCAGAAAUACUAUGCAUAAUUAUUCAAAACGUGAUUUCUUUUAAACAAGCAUUAUUAUGUAUAUUACCCAACUAUUGGUGUAUUAUUAUCAUAGGUAUUAUGGAACGUCAUCUAAAAAUAAAUUUAGGUCAAAUUUUGUUUAUUUUUAAAUCCGUAAAGUGUUUGCUACAGUAGCAUAAAAUCUAUUAUUGCUAAAAAUGAGAAAAGACGGUUCAACAAUGGUAUGAUAUUCGCAUAUAGCAUAUAUAUUGACAGCUUAUCGCAAACUGCAUGUGCGGCAUUGGGGCCGUGGUUGAACGGUAAUCAGAUUCCACAUUAUUAAAUACAAAACAUUCAUAGAAACAAUACACUUAAUAUGGACGCAGCAUCUUUUGAAUUGAGCUAAGUUACGAAGAAUUGUGAGAAAGAACAAAAUAUCAUGAAUAAGAAAACA